AGUUUCCUGAUGAUGUGAACCCUGUAACCAAGGAGAAGGGGGGUCCCCGAGGUCCAGAGCCCACCCGCUAUGGAGACUGGGAGAGAAAGGGCCGCUGCGUCGACUUCUAGUUCACUACCCACAGAGUGGCACUUUUUAAAACACUGAUUGUUUUUGCUGUACGCUCAAAAGUCUGAGCUUCUAAUCUGAAGGUGAGAAUAAGAGGAAGAUAGACUGAGAGAGUAUUCAUCCUUACAGGGAUCAAAGAACAUACAUGCAUACAUUUUGGACAAAAGAAGCUAGUUUUACACAUGUGCUGGCUGUUGAUGAUGUUUGUUCAAGGGGUCAAAAAAAAAAACAAAUGUAGUCAAAAAGCUCCAAGGCUUCUUUUGCACAUUGAUGGUGUGUUGUUGUAGGUGAGAGUGCUGGUCCCUAAAGCUCACUGUGUCCUGUCCAUGAGUGUGAAUGGUAUGAUCAAUAAAAGGAAAGAUGAUUCUAUGUACAA